AUGAAAAUCUCCGCCACCGCCCUCGUCGCCCUCCUCUCCGGCACGACCGUCAUGGCCUCCUGCCUCAAGGACGGCUACUGCGCCGGUGCCAUCCGUGGCGCUCAGAGGUGUGAUAAUGACUCUGGCUGCACCUUUAAAAAGUAUGAGUGUGGCGGUUAUGGGACGCCACAGUCCGGGUAUAUUUGGGUUGAGCUGAAGGAUGGGAACGGGAACCCGAUUGGAUGCUAG